AUGGCGGACGUCGACAAGCGCCAGGUCAACAUCCCCACGGGCGAGAAAGAGAUCACCAUGGUGCCGUUGAACGACGAGGGCUAUGACGAAAUGGCGAGUCCUCCUGCGGUUCGCCUCCGCACAGGCACCAUCGGAAGUGAAGACUUCAACGACAAAGGCGCCAACCUGCACAUCGACAUGGACAACGACCAGAAGAAGUCGAUCAAGGCGCAAAUGUUUUCUUCCGAGUUCCGCUUCAACGCUGAGCUUUCGCUUCGAGUGGCGUGUGGUGUGGUGAUCGCUUCGUUCAUUCAGAUCCGCGACCCAAACUACGACCCGGCCAUUGAGCACGACAAGAAGUGGUUCUUCUUCCCGGAUUGGUACUACCUGGGCGGUCUGAGCUACUGCGCUGUGGCUGUCAUCUUUUCGGCCGGUAAGAACGUCGGUGCGACGCUGACUCAAGUCUGCCAGGCGUUCUACGGCGUGGGCAUGGCGUUGGUGUACAACCUGCUGCUCUUCUCGUUCGUGAACGUGCACACGUUCAGUGACUCGUACGACGGCUACGUCCUGAUCUCGAAGAAGAUGUCCUUUGGCUCGAGCGACUACUACGUCAACUCGCACAACUUCUACGCUGUUCUGCCGUGGAUGGUCAUCUUCACGGUCGUCAUCCUCCUCAUGCCGCUGGAAACCAACACCAAGAAGUUCGCACUGGCCAACAACCUCUACUUCACGCUGACGAUCAUUAACCCGACGGAUCCUCUGGACUCCUCCAAGCUGAAGGCUUCGAAUGACAACUACUUCGAGACGAGCAACAUUCUCAACAAUCUGGCGAUGUACUUCAUGGUGGGAUUCGUGGGAACUCUCAUUUCGCUCAUCAUCAUGUUCAUCCCCUACCCGAUUUUUGCCAUUGCGAAGCUCCUCGACGAGACGAAGAACGCCUCGGGUGACGUCUUGGAUCUGCUCAACGUCAUUGUGGACUCGUACUGCUUCAAGAACAAGAACGUGGAUCACAUGAACUUCCUGAAACUCAAGCUUCAACGCAAGUUCGACGCCGCAGCGGCCCGCCACCGUCGCAUGGUCAAGCUCCUGGAGGACGUGUGGUGGGAGCAGCUCUUCGGCUUCCACCUCUUUUUCAAGUUCAACCGCUCCGUCGCCAAAAACUACGUGCGUCUCAUUGGCUCGCUCAUUGCAGACUUGCGGUCGCUCAACAAUGCCAUGCAACUCGAGCAGUACGACCAGCUGCACUUCAUGUACAUGAAGGUGCUGCAGCGCGAGAUCUACGUCAUCCAGAUGCGGUCGGGCGACCUACUGAACGAGAUCUCGGGCGAGAUCCACGCUUCCUCCGAGCAGCUCGAUCUCCGGUCGAUCAAAACUCUGCAACGUCAGAUGGAGCACACGUUGGUGCACUACCGAGAGGCGCAGAUCCGUCUCCUGCAGUCGAGCAAAGUCAAGAUCAAGGACGUGGAGGGCAACGUGUCGUUGAAUCUGUUCCUCUUCUCGCUCAACUCCUUCUGCAGUACUCUCAUUGAGUUCCAAGACAAACACAACGAGAAGGAUUUCCACGGAGGUCGACGCGCGCGCUCGUUCGUGUCCGCCUCGAUCAAGAACUUCUUCAUGAUCAACCGGUACACUCGCGCGCGCAUCCUGGAGUCUGCGCGUAUGGCCGUGGCCAUCGUCAUCGGUAUUUUCAUGGCUGUGUACCUCUACGGCUUCAGCUCCACGACCCCCGCCGCCGUGUCGUACGUCAUGGGGAAUCACAUCGGAGGCUCCUUCUCCGUGACGUUGAACCGAGUGGGCGGCGUCGUGGCUGGCAGCGUGGUGCCGUCCGUGUUCCAGUUCUUCAUCUCGCAGAUCUGCAACCCUCAGGCCCUGAACGUCUUCCUGUCCGACUUGGUGCUCUUCGUGUGGGUGACGCUCUCCAUGUACGUCAAGUUCGUCGAGGGCUACAGCUCGUACGCCGGUCUGGUGUCGGCCUUCAUCGCCGCUGGCGUCCUGCUCCGUCAGACCGACGUGUGCUACACCGACAGCUCGGACGGCUCGUCCGCCAUCGCCAUCAGCUCGUACUCGAGUCUCGCACAGACUUCCGUGGGUCUCGUGCUCAUCAUCGUGCUGGAAAUGGCCAUGUGCCCCGAGAGCGCCUCGAGUCUGCUGCGUAAGAACAUCCAGCAGACUCUGAAGCUACAGCAGAAGGCCUUUGAGAUUCUGUUCGGCCACCACCUCUCGAGCUCCGGCGAGAUGAGUGACGAGACGAUGGAGGAGGUUCGAGACAUCCUCCAGGUGCAGAUCCCCGCGCAGCUAGUGGAGCAGCAGGCGCUGCUGAAAGAGGCCGAGACGGAGCCGCAGAUGUGGCGCCCGGCGUUCUCCAAGCAGAAGUACGAGGCGGUCUUUGAGAGUACGAACAGGUUGCUGAAUAACAACAACUUGCUGUUUAAGCUCGUGCGCUGGUACAACUACCGGACGAAGCAGAACUUGGCGCAGACCAACACUGUGGACAUCCGCGACAACGAGACGGAGAGCGCGCGUGUGUUCGACACGAACGGCGGCAAGACGACGCACACCAAGUGGCAGGAGGCCAGCAACCAGUUCCUGUCGGCAGUGGACGACACGUUCAACACGCUGCAGAUGCUGUUCGGCGAGUCGUUCCUGUACUCGGACCCGGACCAGACGGCCAUCUUCAUGCAGAUGAAGGAGGCGUUCCGAGUCGCGGACAAGGACUGCAGCGGUGAGAUCGACGCGGACGAGGUGGCGGUCAUGCUGGAGACCAUCUUCGCUCAGUCGGGUGCUGUAAAGCAGGAGGAGAUCACCAAGUACGUCGCGGACUUCAUGGAGGUCGUGGACAAGGACUGCAGCGGCAAAGUGUCGUUCGAGGAGUUCAUGGCGGCGCUGGAGGACGGACUGAAGCUCGAGGUGGAGGUCUAUCACCGCCGCAAGCCCAAGGCUACGACCACACUGAAGCAGGCGCUGUCCAGCAUCAACGAGGACGGUCACGGUGCUUCUCACGCUGGUUCUCGAGCAUCCAGGGUCAGCUGCAGCGUCACGUCCUCGAACGGCACGGGAAUGAACAAGAUCACCGCCAGCAUGUUCGACUCGAACACCCCCAGGAAGGAGGGACGGAUCCUCAGUGCCGUGUCUUCAGCGCAGAACACGCCGAAGAAGUCGGGCUUCAAUAUGAGGCGAGCCUCGACCAUGAUGACGUCGCCCAUUCGACGCAACCACGACGUCUUGAACGUCGAGGACUUCAGUACGAGCGACAUCGCGGCUCAGAUGAAGUCUGCGUACGUCGAGUGGCUCAUGGAGGGCCAGCGCUUCAAGCGCGUGACCAUGGAGGAGCUGCUGUUGCUUAACUGCCUGGUCAGUGGCGCUGAGGGCAUUGCGAGGAAUCUCACGCUCAUGGAGGAGAUCGUGGUCUCUUCGUAGGGCGAUUCAGAGGCGUGGGGUGCGUAAAACGAAAGACAAAUACAGUACUAACGUUAUAUCUC